GUGAGUGUACCCUCGCUCCGCCACUCUCGCCGGCUCGCGCCCCUGGAAACAAACCUUCGUGUGCGCUUGUGGAGGGUUGAGCGGCAUGAACGAGCGCGUGACGGCCGAGGAAGGUUGUGCUUCGUCCGUGCUCUGACCGUCGCCUGAAAAGAAAAUGUUGAAGUAUUUUGUGCGCGAAGGAGACUUUGUGGAUGUCAGAACAUUCUCAGUGAUGUGAUGGUCAUAUCACAUAACUACGAGAUAACUGGACUUGACGUGAACCCUCUACUUGGCCUCAAAAGAUAAAAGGACGAUUGAUAAGAUAAACAUCUUUGGAAAAAAAUCGGAUAAACGUACCUUUGAGGCUGGUGUUUAGCGGGGAGCGUCCGGGCCGUGCAGGGGGCAGACAAGGUCAUGUUGAGCCUCCUGGGCGCGAUCUCCUCCACAACACUCACACUCCACCUCGGGACAGCUCCGCCCUCCAGGCCGCGCCGUAUCCUCCCGCGGGACGACGGCAGUGAAAUGAAAAGUUAGACUGUGAUCCGGUAAGCAAGGUGAAUCGACCUACAUAGUGCCAGCCUCUUUCUGCGGCCGUGACCCGCGUGUACUUGACCCAGAGCAGCAGUUGCCAUUCAGUGUCGCCGAUGUGCCAUGAGUUCAGCACACGCAAGAACUCUGCCAUUAUUGCGAAGAAACGUGUGCUUUGCGUGAACCAGGGAGAACUGUCACGCACGGGGUUCGUGCUUGUGUUCUAGCCUUGGAGUAUAUCGCACAUUGACCCAAGUGAACGAUUUUUUUUAUCUCACUCAUAAUAAGAACUUAUCAACGACGAUUUCGUGAUAUCAGAUAUUUAUCAGUUGCCGGGCAGUGUCCGUGAGGAUUGCCAGCUUACUCCGCCAUUUAUUGUCGAAGUCGUAACGCGUUGCAGUCCGCAUGACGAAAGUCGUUACCUCGGGCGGCCGAGGUGGCAUGUACGUGCUGGGCCCUGGCGGCGUCACUCUCACCCUCUCCGCCAUGGACGACGAGAGCUGCUCCGAGGUGUCCAGCUCCUCGACGCUCACCACCCCCGGAGCCGUGUCCCCCCAGGCCUUCGUCAGCGUGGGCGUGGAGAUGAGUCCGCCGAUGACACUGGCACUCACUGACAUCGGGGAGGUUGACCUUAACUUUUGGGACCUUGACCUUAACUCCCACAGUCCGCCGCACAGCGCUGUCGCCUCAACAACGUCCAUGCUGAGCCAACGCAGCGUCGCGACGCCCUCUGAAUCCUCGCUCUCAGGUCGAGAGGAUAUGUCCUCGCCGUCCUCCUACAAUGGCUACGGCACCGAGUCCAGCGAUUACAAGAAGAAGAAGGGCCCCGUGCCACGCCAGCAGGAGGAGCUCUGCCUCGUGUGCGGGGACAGGGCAUCGGGAUACCACUACAAUGCUCUCACGUGCGAGGGGUGCAAAGGCUUUUUCCGGCGGUCAAUCACCAAAAACGCAGUGUACCAGUGUAAAUACGGUCACAACUGCGAGAUGGACAUGUACAUGCGCCGGAAGUGCCAAGAAUGCCGCCUCAAGAAGUGUCUAAACGUGGGGAUGCGACCGGAAUGUGUGGUGCCAGAGUCUCAGUGUCAAGUGAAACGAGAGCAGAAGAAGGCGAGGGGGAAGGACAAGAAGGAAUACCCGCCGGUCGGCUCCCCCAUCGCCGAGGAGAAGUUCCCGGCUGUCAGUCCUGUUAGUAUUGAUUUCUAUGUGCAGAUGAGAUUUUAUAUAUAUAUACAUA